AUGAAGAGCCAUUUGAAACCCCUUUUCAUCACCGGAAAAGUCGAAAACAUCCCAGUUAACAAAAUACUGGUAGAUUAUGGGGCGACUGUGAAUCUGAUGCCCCAUCGCAUGUUGGCGAAAAUUGGCAAAUAUGACACUGAUGCCAAACCUCAUAAUAUGGUGUUGACCAAUUAUGAAGGAAAAGUAGGCUCCACCCUGGGGGCUAUCCAAGUUGAAUUAACCAUAGGAACGGUUACUAGGCCCACAAUGUUCAUGAUUGUGGAAACUAAGGCAAACUACAACAUGCUGUUGGGAAGAGAAUGGAUUCAUGGAGUCAGAGCAGUACCGUCUUCGAUGAACCAGAGGAUUAUAAUUUGGCAUCCAGAUGGAAUUGUUGAAAAUAUAGAGACGGAUCAGGGAUAUUUCAAAACCCCUAUUAAUCAUGUCGACAUGCGCCAAUUCGACAAGCACUUAGCUACAUAA